CUGUUAAAUGGCUUCACCGCCCAACGGUAGCGCGUACUCGCCCUGAACAGACUGAACUUGGCCUUUAGCGGAAGCGCACCGUGAUGGAUCCGAAGCGCAACGCAGACAAACAGGGCGACCUGUUCGCAGGCUUCCGCCCGAACUUCAAAUCGUUCGCCACAGAGGCGAUCCACGUCGGCCAGGAGCCGGAGCAAUGGUCGUCUAUGGCUGUAGUGCCGCCGAUUUCCCUGUCCACCACGUUCAAGCAGCAUGGACCGGGAAAUCACGCCGGAUUUGAAUAUAGCCGAAGUGGAAAUCCUACCAGAAACUGUCUUGAGAAGGCCGUGGCAGCUCUGGAUGGAGCGAAGCAUUGCCUCGCUCUCGCCUCGGGGCUGGCGGCCACAGUGACCAUCACGCACAUGCUCAAGGCGGGCGACGGGAUCGUGUGCAUGGAUGACGUGUACGGAGGCACAAAUCGGUAUUUCCGAAGGAUUGCCAAAGAACUUGGGCUGGAUGUGUCUUUCGCUGACUGUACACAGCCUGCGUUGCUCAAGGCUGCACUCAAGGCCAACACUAAACUGGUGUGGAUCGAGACGCCCAGCAACCCCAUGAUGAAGGUUGUCGACAUCAAGGCCUGCGCCGACCUGGUCCACGAGCACAGCAAGGACACGGUGGUGGUCGUGGACAACACCUUCAUGUCUGCCUAUUUCCAGCGGCCCUUGGCUUUGGGAGCCGACAUCUGCAUGUACUCAGCCACCAAAUACAUGAAUGGUCACAGUGACGUUGUAAUGGGUCUGGUCUCAGUGAACCGGGAGGAUUUGUACGAGCGUCUGAAGUUUCUGCAAAAUGCCCUGGGAGGCGUCCCGUCCCCGUUUGACUGCUACCUGUGCAACCGUGGGCUGAAGACGCUGCACCUUCGGAUGGAGCGGCACUUUAAAAACGCCAUGGCAGCGGCCACGUUCCUGGAGGCCAAUCCGCGGGUGGAGCGCGUGAUCUUUCCAGGUUUGCCCUCUCACCCCCAGUACGAAGUGAUGAAGAGACAAUGCACCGGGUGUCCAGGAAUGAUUACCUUCAACAUUAAGGGGAAACUGGAGCAUGCCACCGUCUUCCUCAAAAGCCUUAAACUGUUUGCGAUAGCAGAGAGUCUCGGUGGUUAUGAAAGUUUAGCAGAACAUCCGGCAAUUAUGACCCAUGCAUCGGUGCCAGAAAAAGACAGGAGCGUGCUGGGCAUCAGUGACACACUCAUCAGGCUGUCCGUGGGGCUGGAGGACGAGGCCGACAUCAUCGAAGACCUGCAGCAAGCGUUGGUGGCUGCUCACCCAAAGAUGGAGUGAAACGUCUCUGGAGCAGUUUCAAGACUGAAGACUGAAAACCGAAGAGGCGCCUCAAGUUUUAGGAGAUUUGCUUAAUCAGGGAACAACUUAAUCUUGAACAAUACACACAAACAACACUUUAUAUGAACAACUCAUGACUGUUUUUCCAGGGAAAACGUCAUUUUAUUUAUCUUGUGCUGUUUCUUUGGUUUAAUUUCUGUGUUUUCAUUUCGAAGGCUUUAAUGAGACAAUGUUCUCUUCAGUCACAACUGACACAGACCGUGGGAAAUGCAAAAACAACAUAACUGUAUAAUCAUGCAUAAUCGUGUGCAUUUCAGGGUUUUUUUUAAAGCACAAACAAGUCUCUAGUUGAAAAGCAUCACAUAUUAGAUCUUAGGGUACAGCUCUGAUCUGUCAUAUUUAUCUUAUUCCAAUGACAUGCCUACAUUUCACAUCUUGUGUUUGUCAGCAUCUGCUUCAAUGUUCUGUAAAAAUGAUAAGUUUUAGAAAUAAAACCCAGACUUUUGGUUA